AUGAACUCUGCAACGUCGGGCUACAAGAAUGUUGCUUACUUUGUCAAUUGGGCUGUCUAUGGCCGCAACCACCACCCACAGGAUCUUCCAGCUGAAGAGUUGACUCAUGUCCUGUAUGCAUUUGCUGAUGUUCGGGACACGGGUGAGGUCUUUUUGACGGACUCUUGGUCCGACACUGACAAGCACUACGCCGGCGAUUCUUGGAAUGAUGUUGGAACCAACGUCUACGGAUGCGUGAAGCAGUUAUUCCUCCAGAAGAAGCGCAACCGCAAGCUGAAGGUGCUUUUGUCAAUUGGAGGGUGGACUUAUUCAUCUCAUUUCGUGACACCUGCAUCGACUGCGCAGGGACGAGCAAAGUUUGCGAGCAGCGCUGUUGCCCUCUUGGCGAAUCUUGGUUUCGAUGGCCUCGACGUUGAUUGGGAAUACCCAGCAAACGAGUCUCAGGCAAAUGACAUGGUUCUCCUCCUACAGGAGACGCGCCGGGCACUGACAGCCUACUCGAACGAAAAUGCCAACGGCCAGCACCUUCUUCUAACCAUCGCAUCCCCUGCAGGCCCCAAGAACUAUAACAUUAUGAAGCUCGCCCAGAUGGACCAGUACCUUGACUUCUGGAACCUGAUGGCCUAUGACUAUGCCGGAUCGUGGGACAACACCUCCGGACACCUCGCCAACUGGGCACCAUCCAUGAGCAACUCAAACAGCACCCCAUUCAGCACCACCCAAGCUAUCAAUGACUACGUAGCCGCCGGCGUCCCAGCCUCCAAGAUUGUUCUCGGAAUGCCACUGUACGGCCGCUCAUUUGCCAACACCGACGGCCCAGGUAAGCCCUACCAGGGCGUGGGACAGGGCACGUGGGAAACUGGCGUCUACGACUACAAGGUGCUGCCGCAGGCCGGCGCCCAAGUCUACACUGACAGCCAAAUUACUGCCAGUUGGAGCUAUGAUCCUAACUCUAGGAUGAUGAUUAGUUAUGAUACCCCUGAGAUUGUUGCCAAGAAGACGCAGCUUAUCCGUGACAACGGGCUUGGUGGCGGCAUGUGGUGGGAGAGCUCGAGUGAUAAGAAGGGAUCUGAGAGUUUGGUAUCUACGUUUGUCAACAAUAUUGGAGGCAUCGGUGCCCUGGACCAAUCGACCAACUUGCUCAGCUUCCCUACGAGCAAGUAUGAUAACUUGAGGGCGCAGUUCCCCAAUAACUAA